GUAUGCAUGCCACCCUCGAACCCUCCUACUAUAAAUGGGCGCUGCAUUUCAUCAACUUUUCUUCACCCUUCAAUUCCAUAUACUAUAGUUUUGGACAUUAUUAAUAUAAAUAUGAUCAAUUCAAAAGUGUUCCUUCUCCUUGCCCUUUCUUUGGCUCUUUCUCUCUUCAUUGCUUCCGAGGUCUCGGCCAGGGAACUAGCCGAGACUGUCGCCGAUGCUUCAUCGGGGUCAACCGGAGCUGAGAAGGCAAAUGAUCAGGUAGCGGCGGAUCACAGCGAGCACAAAGACGCAUAUGGUGGGGGAGGAUAUGGACCGGGGUACCCGGGCGGCGGCGGUGGGUACCCAGGAGGCGGCGGUGGGUACCCAGGAGGCGGCGGUGGGUACCCGGGCGGCGGCGGCAGGUACCCCGGCGGAGGACGUUGCAGAUACGGUUGCUGCGGCGGGCGCGGGUACUACGGAGGUUGCCGCCGUUGCUGCGCUUAUAAGGGGGAGGCGGUGGAUGUGGCUAAGCCUUAAAGCCAACCAAAAUUAUUGGAUAAUAUUAUACUUUCUAUGUCACAAAUGUUAUGUGUGUAUUGGUGCUACAAUUCUCUUAAGAAGAAUGGAGACUCUUAUUAUGUGUAACAAUAAUGCAGUGAUGUUAUACCUAUCUUCCCUGCAAUGUAAUAUGAUGAAUAAAAAAAAUUGAAAUUGGUUUA